AUGAACAAGAAGAAUCAAACAUCGAUCACAGAAUUUCUCCUCUUAGGAUUCGGGGACCUUCAUGAUCUCAAAAUCUUACUAUUUGUCCUCCUUCUGGUCAUUUACAUCAUGGCUCUGACAGCAAACUCCCUUGUCAUCAUCUUCGUUAUUGUCAGCAAGAACCUUCAUUCUCCCAUGUAUGUCUUUCUGAGCCAGCUGUCCUUGUCUGAGAUCCUCUUCACCAGCAAUAUUCAGCCCAUUAUGUUAUGGUUGACAUUGGCAGGUGGUGGAAAAAUACCCAUCACCAGAUGUCUUCUAAAUUUUUGUCUGAUCGCGGUAUGCGGAAUCACUCAAUGUCUGCUUUUAAUCUCCUUGUCAUUUGACCGAUACGUGGCCAUUUGUAAGCCAUUACAAUAUAUUCUUAUUAUGACAUCUAGACUUCAACUUCAGAUUGUCUCUAUAUGUUGGUCAAUGGGAUUUAUGCUAUCCUUUGUACUAUAUAUUUUCUUAUAUAGGUUAGAAUUCUGUGGCCCAAACGUCAUCAACCAUUUCUACUGUGAUGUCCCUCCUGUUUUAGAACUUUCAUGUUCAGAUAUUUCUUCUGCUAAGCUGGUUACUUCCAUGUUGUCUGUUCCUCUUGUUUUCUGUCCAUUUGUGUUUAUUGUUGCCACCUAUAUUUUCAUCUUCCACACCAUCCUGAAGAUGUCCUCCUCCAUCAGGAGACAGAAGGCCUUCUCUACUUGUAGCUCCCACCUAAUCGUAGUCUGUCUUUACUUUGGAAGCUUGGGGACUGUAUAUAUUUUUUCACCAAAAAUCAGUUCCUCCAACACUAACAAGUACCUGUCUUUGAUAUAUAUCUUUUUGACUCCACUUUUCAACCCUCUGAUCUACAGCUUGAGGAACCAGGAUAUUAGAGGGGCCAUUAUAAAAUAUGUUCACAUUCUGGGCUCAUGCUGA